ACGAGGCAGAAAGUUCCAUAAGCCACAGAUAUUUUCUGAUAUCUAAGUGUUCUCAUAUCUAAGUGCUAAGGGUUCAAGAAUGCUCAGUUUUGUGAAGAUAAACACGGUUUCACAUCUUAUUCAACAUAAAAUCAGAUCACCUACCUCCGUAUGUGGAGCAGCGGACUUGCUUUAGAAAACUUUGGAUGGGAUCAUCUUUGGUCCGUUGGGAACAUGGAUCUCGGACUUUCGUUUAGUUCUGGCUGUAACGUUACUGACACGCGGCAGCUUGACCAACUGAGCGUGAUGGUGAAAGAAGAAGAUAUAAAAGAGGAGGAAUAUGGUCAUAUGAUUUCAUGUCCAGAUGAAGAUGAAAAGCCCUUUGCAGAACUUCACUGUAAAACUGAAACAGACGUCACAGAGUCCAAGGUUACUUACAAUGAAACACAACAGACAACCGCGGAGAUUGAAGUGAAGAUUGAAGAUGAUAAACAAGAACACGAUUAUCUGCUGGGAAGUGUGUCUGAAUACCCAGAUGCAGCGCAACAGAAGAUCCAUGGACAGAACGAUGAACUCAACCUGCAACUCAAAGGAACGCUGCACCACUGCACGGUCUGCAGGAGGAGUUUCACAGCCUUGAGAGAACUCAAGAAACACCAGCAAACACACUCUGUUAGUGUGAAUGAAAAUCAGAACACUGGUAGUAAAAGGCGACAUGAAUGUGCCCAGUGUGGGAAAGCAUUCUUAAAUGAUUCAACUCUUAAAACCCAUAUUUUAACACACACGGGACAGAAGCCUCAUCAAUGCAUCCAGUGUGGAAAAUCUUAUUCACGCGUUUGGUGUCUUAAAACCCACAUGCUAAAACACACUGGUGAGAAGCCUUAUAAAUGUGACCAAUGUGGAAAAGCUUUUACAUCAUCCAGAAAUCUUAGACUGCACAUGCUCACACACUCUGGAGAAAAGCCUCAUAAAUGUGACCAAUGUGGAAGAAGUUUUUCAAAGAGAUCAAAUCUUAAUAUCCAUAUGAUGACGCACACUGGAGAGAAGCCUUAUAAAUGUGACCAAUGUGGAAAAGGUUUUACAACAUCCACAAAUCUUACACGGCACAUGCUCACGCACUCUGGAAUAAAGUCUCAUAAAUGUGACCAAUGUGGAAGAAGUUUUGCACUCAGAUCAAAUCUUAAUAUCCAUAUGAAGACGCACACUGGAGAAAAGCCUCAUAUACGUGGUCAUUGUGGAAAAGGUUUUACAACAUCCACAGAUCUUGGACUGCACAUGCUCACACACUCUGGAGAAAAGCCUCAUAAAUGUGACCAAUGUGGAAAAAGUUUUUCAAAGAGAUCAAGUCUUAAUUCCCAUAUGAAGACGCACACUGGAGAGAAGCCUCACAUAUGUGGUAAUUGUGGAAAAGGUGUAUCAGAACACUCACACAUCACGGAGCAGAAGAUCCAUGGACAGAAUGAUGAACUGAACCUGCAACUCAAAGGAAGGCUGCACCGUCUGCAGGAGGAGUUUUACAGACUUGAGAGAACUUGA